GGCCCAACUACAUUAUGGCAGUGACAAAACCAAGGCAAACACAACAUCACUGCACUUCCUACAUGAUCAUCACCAUCUUGUUCUACGCCGUGAAUCACCAUCUCCCCCUCAACACGAAUGUAAGUUAAGUGAAAUACGUACAAAAGCGCUGAAGCCCACUCAGCCUGGCCCUGUUGCUGCGGGCGAAGCUUUCAUGUAUAAAUAGACACUUCGCCGAUCGGCUUCCUGCCCGUUUCUUUAAUUUACGUUGAGUGGAGUCGUGGGCGCACAGGAAAUCGCAGCUUUCUUUCAACUUCCCAUAAUGUUUAUCGACUCGGUAGUGUUCGGUCGAGCCGACACGACUACUUCGCUGAGCACUUCAGUCUCCAGUACUUCAAUAUCUAAUUCUAGCCCAAGCUCGACUAGCAGUACAACCACUGGUUCCAGUUCUGUUUCACCGUCUUCAUCUUCCUCCUCCCUUUCCUCAUCUUCGUCUCCCUCUGCUUCAUCUUCUUCAUCAUCGUCCACUUCGGCAUCAUUUACCCAGUCGAAUUCGAUUACCAGCACUGUCUCAUCUACAUCCGCUAAUUCUAGUGCCUCAUCAUCUUCUACUCCGAGUUCGGAUGGCCAUGGGACGGAAAUCGGUGCUAUCGUUGGCGGUGUCAUUGGAGGCUUCGUAGUUCUGACUUUACUCUCCGUCAUCUUUUCCGUCCUCCGGAGAAGAAGACGGAACGCUAAAAAACGACCCAGAGGAUCGGUGUACUUAGGCAAAAUGGAUCAGAGUCAGCUCGACACGUUCCUCAAACAAAAACCUCGGUCUAACGUGGACAGUCUGCAUUCGUCCAGUAGUAUUCCGUUACUUUCUCUGCCCCAGAUGGACACAACGUUAACAACCCGCCUCGAGACCACUCCCCAGUACACAGAUGUCCCCGCUCCAUAUAGCGAUCAAGAAUCUGGUGCUGCGCAGGGAAACGAUCAGAACGGCCCCGGGGAUGGAAGUGAAUCGGGCCAUUCAGUUUUCCUUCCCUCCCCUUACUCCCACCACGGGCAUGACGGCAACGGCGAUAAUGUACCAGAACUGACACAGCCGCGCUUUGUAACUCCUCCCCCGCGUCCUGAAUCACAGUUUUACGCGCCUAUUCCUGUGCAAGCUGGAGACUUUUCCAUGAAAGCUUUGGAAGCAUCCGCUUCUGGCAGUAGAUCUAGCACACCCGUGUCUUUGUCAAUGAUUCACGGUAAAAAGGAUACUUCCAGCCCUCCUCUACAUCCAGCCAAUGCAUCCUAAGGUUGUAGCCAUCCGAGGUCGCUGGGCGGAUUUUCAUUGGAUUACAGACUUCCGCUUUUGUUUGGGACGUUCUUGUUAUUACAAUUUGAAACGGACUAUAUGGACUAUACGGACUGCACUCACGACCUAUUAAUACUGUAGCAUAAACCUGGCAUACGACUAAUAAUAUCACUCAUUCGAAUCAAACUGACUUGAUGUAGUU